AUGAGCAUAUAUCCGAGGUGUGCUGGCGAUGUGACCUUCAACACACUAUCAUCUAACGCGUUUUCCGAGUGGCCGGAGUCCAUCGCUGGCAUAAUAUGCAAGACCCCGCCCGUCGGCCGCAACAGCGCCCCGCACUUUGCGGAAUGCUGCUCCGGCACGGUCUACAACAUCACGAGCCCGACGUCGCCCAACGACCAAGUGUACCCAGUCUCGUGCGCUACUUUUUGUCAAGUCAGUCCGGAGAUGAAUGCCGACAAUCCGACUAACCCCUACGGGUUCAGCAACCACUUCAUGUGUCUCACCGACGGCACAAGGGAGCCCUCAUCCUGGGAGGUUGUCUGCGCCACGGUGACACCGCCGGGCGUGGCAUGGCCUACGAGUUUUCCCAAUACUCCUGUCCUCUCGUGGAAGACUAGGUCUUGGACGACCGAUAUUUACUCGCGCAUCAGCGAGGUUACGUCUGUCGUUGAAAGCCCGACUACAUCGCCAACCGCGACGGUAACGACAGAUAUCACAACAUCUUCGUCGUCUCAAAAAGCUUCUAUCUCAACGUCUGACUCAAGCACGGCAUCCACAUCGCUUACUACAGCUUCAUCAACACAAACGAGCGCAGCUGUGGCGACGCCAACGGGUAGCGGUGCCGCCGAAGGCAAGAGAGUGCGUGCGAGAGACCUCACAUUGAGCAUCCUGCUCCUCAUAAGCGCCCUUUGUCGCGCUUAA